AUGUACUCAGACAACGGUACAACAUUUCAUGGCGCUAAUCGAGAAUUAUCCGAAGCUCACGCGAAAGCAAUUCGCGAUCCAAGCUUUCGUAAUCGUCUCGCUAGCGAUGGAACCGCGUGGCAGUUCCUACCCCCGGCCGCACCACAUUUCGGCGGACUGUGGGAAGCCGGUGUCAAGAGCGUCAAAUACCACAUAAAGCGUUGCAUCGGCCUCCAUACAUUAACUUUUGAAGAAAUGACUACGUUUCUUUGUCGCAUUGAAGCUUGCUUAAACUCUCGUCCGAUCGCUCCCGUCUCCGAUAAUCCUGACGAUUAUCACGCGUUAACGCCUGGUCAUUUCUUGAUUGGUACCUCUCUUCUCGCUCCCACCGAACCAAGCGUGCUUGAAUUUAACGAGAAUCGAUUGUCGCGUUGGCAAAUGAUUCAACGUCUGACGGAAGAGUUUUAG